AUGAAUGGACAAAACUUCACCUUGUGUCCGGUAUCCGAAUUUUACAAACGGAUACUUCUGCCCGUGACCUACAGUGUGGUGUUCAUGCUUGGCCUGGUCUUGAACGGGGCUUUACUUUGGUCGGUGUGUGAACGGACGAGACGCUGGAGUCGCUCCGUUAUCUAUCUUACCAACCUGGCCGUGGCGGACCUACUCUACGUGCUGGCUUUGCCGCUUCUCAUCAUCAGCUACGCCUACAACAGCGCGUGGCCUUUCGGUGACUUCACAUGCAGAGCCGUGAGGUUCUUUUUCUACGCCAAUCUUCACGGCAGUAUGAUGUUCCUCAUGUGCAUCAGCGUGCACCGCUUUCUCGGAGUGUGUUACCCCAUGACCGCGUUCCGGUUGAGGACUAACAACUUCGCCGUUUUAGUAUCUGUUUCGGUGUGGGUCCUGGUGACGGCGGAGAUAGCGCCCACUCUUGUGUACUCACACACGGGUUCAAUAAACAAUAUGACGGUGUGCUUUGAGAUGACUAGCCCCAGGAACUUCAAGCAAUACUUUCCCUACGGGAUCUUUUUGGCGCUGGUUGGAUUCCUAAUACCGUUUCUCGUCAUAGUGUUCUGCUACUGCUCCGUGAUGUGGGUUCUGUAUGACAGGACCGGAGGAGGCAGCACACGCGUGCGAACGAAGAUGCGCAGAAAGUCGUUGCGUGUGAUCCUGGCGGUGUGUCUGAUGUUCGUGCUCUGUUUCGUCCCGUACCACAUCGCGCAGACGUCGUACAUGUUCGUGCGCGUGUAUAUGAGCGCGGACUGCAGGGUUCUGAACGUGGCGAUGAUAUCAUACAAGGUGUGGAAGCCGCUCGUGAGCUUUAACUGCUGCGUCAACCCUCUGUUCUACUUCCUCGCGUCUAGUAGGCAACGCAGGGAGAUCUGGGACCGGUUGAUGCGCAAACACAGGAAGAUACAACCGGCGCUGUGCCUGGUGGAAGUUGCCGGUAGACCGGAUCAUCAUAUAUGUAGUCAGAUGGUUGAGCGGUGA